AUGGAUUCGGUGAAGCCAAUUCCCGAUGCUGAAGCAAACAAGUCAUCAGGACCGUCAGGUGAAGGCACCGAACCAUUCGCACAGACCAAAACGGAGACCGUGUCGACGUUUUCGGGUAACAAGCCAGCUGCCAAAAGCUCGAAGCCACGGCAUCCACAGACGGCACAGAAAUCUGAGAAAAAAUGCCUUUCUCAAUCAUUGGGAACAACAAUGGCCGAAAGCAUCUUGUCACCAGCCAAAGAUAUUGAGUCGAUGAAUAUCGUACAACGACUGGAAUAUAUGCAGAGGGAAACAACCAUGGCAUCAAGCCAAGUCGAACACCAUCGGAACAACACAACUGUGGUAACGACCUCGGUCACGUCGAGGGACGUAGCUACUCACCUCGUUGACAAUCACAUUCCUAGCCAAGUUAUCUCAACAUCUGUGAUACCCAACAUGGGUGCUACAGACUCCCUAAGUAAACCUCAAGGCCCAACUCGCCCGAAGGGAAAGAAGAAUGACAUUCACACUUUCACCCUGGAAGACUUUGCCGCCAUCUCUGCCUUAAGCUCACUGGUCGAACGAUACGGUCGAGUCUCUCAUAUGGGAGUUUUGGAUCCCAGUUACAGCUUUUUCAUGAGCCAAGACCGGCAAGCCGCAUUGUACUACAAAGUGCUCAACAAUAUUGCGGUGGUUGGUGGGGAGCCCUUAUGUUCUCCCGACCGGUAUGAUACCCUUUUCGAAGAGUUUCGACGCCGAAGACGACAACGAGGCUGGGGGAUCGUCCUCCUCGGUGCCACCGAUUCAUUCAUACCAUACGCAGUGAAACACAAAUGGGUAACCAUGCGUUUCGGGACCGAGAGGGUCCUUGACCCGCUCAACAAUUCUAUUCUGCAAGAAAAGGAGGGCAAGAGAAUCAUCACACAAAACAAGCAACUACUCGAUCCUAGCCGAGGAGGUAUCUCCGUUCACUCCUAUGUUCCCGCUCAAGGUCGAGAUGAAGCUCUGGAACGACGACUCAGACACAUCUAUGACGAGUGGAGAGAACAUCGAAACCGAUCUUCUCAACCACAGGCGUACAUGACGGUGUUUGACCCCUUUGCAAUACCCGCCCUGAUGAUCUACAUUUGCACAAAGGAUCAACAAGGCCAACUCAACGGAUUCGCAGCCUUGCGCCAAAUUGGCGCCAAUAAGGGCUAUCACAUCGAUCCCUACUGUGCUCUGCCUACAGCGCCGAAAGGAAUCACCGACCUUCUUGUGUUCUCGGCCAUGUCCCUUCUCCAGCAGGCCGGUAUUGGCUAUCUGAGCCUCGGCUUCGAACCCUCCACGCAACUCAACGAAGUCACUUCGCUUUCUCGCCCGACAACCGCGAUCACUAAAUCCUGCUACCGUCGUGCAUUCCGUUAUUUACCCAUCGGAGGCAAGAAAGCGUAUCACGACAAAUUCCGUCCAGACCUUAACCUAGAGUCCGGGCUGUACAUCGUCUAUCCGGAGGGAGCACCCAGUAUACAGCACGCAUUGGCAACUUUGCACUUUGCGAACGUCAAGGUGAGAGAGCUCUUGUGGAGAAGGCUCUCAAAGCUGUGUGCUCGCAAAGAACAGGAACAUGCAAUUGUGUUCACUAGCCCCGAGGAUCUACCAGUGGCUGACUGCAUCUCCACAGCCCACCCGACGUGGCUUGAGGAAAGCGAAAUCUCAAAUGUCGCUGUACCCGUGCAGAUCAUGACUGUUGAGCACGAUACGAUGUUCACACCGGAGUUGAAGGCAUUUACGAACAAGGUAAUUCCAAUAAUUGGCGUGGCGUAUGAUUAA